UAAGACCGGAAGUCGGCUAUACGUGGAAGCAUCAACAUGGCUGACAAUUUAGCGAAAAAUGUUAGUCAACUUCUUAUAGAUGAAAAUAAAGUUGUCAGUUCUGAUAAAUUGGACAUGAAUAAUUGUGCAUCGGACGUAGAAAUAACCCAAGAAGAACUGUAUCGGUUAGCUCUUCAUUUUUAUAAAGAUCAAGAUGGCAAGGGUCUGCACCCAAGCUACAAGGACAAGCUAAAGAUGGUUGCUUUGACCAAGCAAGUGACCCAUGGGAAGUACAGCCCUGGCUCCUCUCCUGAUGUCGGCUUCCUUGACGUGGUGGGCAAUGAUAGAAAGCAGAUGUGGAUCUCACUGGGGGACAUGUCCAAGGAGGCGGCUAUGAAGGAGUUUGUGAGCAUGCUGCAGGCCCUGUGCCCACAGUUCACGCCAUAUCUACAGGCACAAAAAGCAGAAAGGGUGGAGAGGGCGAGGAAAAGACAGGAGGAGGAGGAACAGAGGCGUCGUGAUGAUGAGGAGGCUGCCAGGAGGUCACAGGAGGAGGAGGCAGGCAGACAGCUGCAGGCCGAGAAACACAGGCAGUUGGAGCAGGAGAGGCAGAUUAGAGCAGCCUUGAAUCAACAGACUGCCAUUCAGUUCAAGCAAUACGCCGCUCAACAGUGUCCAGGAAAUUCCAAACAGCAAGAGGAGUUGAUAGUGCAGCUUCAGGAGCAGCAUUUCCAGCAGUACAUGCAACAGGUCUAUCAGCAGCAACUGCUCCACCAGCAGCAGCAGUAUCAGCAGCUCCAGGCCAUGCAGGCCGCACAACAACAACAGAGCAACGGCCCCACCCCCAUUGGGUCUCCGCCCCCCGGUCCCACUCAACAGAAUCUGACUUCUCUACCCACAUCAGUCCCAGCAGCUGUCAAUCAUUUACAGAAUGGCCCUGUGGCCCCUCCCUCUGUUGCACAGACCAAUGGGAACCAGGAGAAUGGUGAAGAUUCUACAAAGGACCAUGAAGAUGACUUGCCUCCUAUUGCUGCCGCUUCAAUGUGGACAAAAAAAGAAGUGAAGGAAUUUAAAGAUACUUUAAAAAAAGACAAAGAUUCUGUGAUAAAAGUCGGCUCGGGUGAGACUGUCACGGUUCGCGUGCCUACGCAUGAAGACGGGUCAUGCCUGUUCUGGGAGUUUGCCACGGACUACUAUGACAUUGGGUUUGGCGUGUAUUUUGAGUGGACUAUAGCCCCCAGUAACACUGUCAGCGUGCACGUCAGCGAGUCCAGUGACGAGGAGGAACUCGAGGAGGAAGAAGGGAAAGGCAAUGACGUAGAGAAGGGAGACAAGCAAGAUAAUAAACCUCCAGUGGACGAGAUAAUUCCAGUGUAUCGCCGUGAUAGCCAUGAAGAGGUGUAUUGUGGGAGUCACGCCUAUCCAGGGCGGGGCGUGUACUUACUGAAGUUUGACAAUUCCUACUCUUUGUGGAGAUCAAAGACUUUAUACUACAGAGUGUUCUAUAGUCGUUGAGCUUACGUUAUUUAUUGGUAUCAUUUCAUAAAUAUGUUAUAGAGUAGUUCAAAAUAUAGUACAGUUCUGUGGGUAUAGUUUUUGUUAAUUGCUAUUUCUUAGCAUAAGUUUAAAAUAAAAAUAACAGUACCCUGCCGUUGCAAUUUAGAUUUUUGCUUCACUCUGAAAACAUUUGCAAUUUGUUAGAGGUUUUAUUCUCAAGUACCUUUUCUUUUUUUGGAAAAGGUAAUUUUGAUAAAAUAUUAUUUCAUUCUAACGUUUUAUACAUUCAGUUUUUGGUUAUAAAUCUUUGUUAUGCUGGAAUUUUUUUCAACUUGUUUUCUGUGUACUAAAGUAUUACUAUGAUUGUGAGUAUUCUCAUCUUAAACAUGUUUAAGGCAACAUUGUCAGUGUUUUUAUGGGCUGCUAUAACAUAACAUAACAUAUAACAUGGGUUAUUAUGAAUUAGCAAGCUUAUUGUAUUGAAGUGACAUCAUCAGCUUCAAACAUCUCCACAUCAGUAUAUAAAAAAAAAAAAAAAUUAUAUUUUACCAGUUUAAAAGCAAAAUAUUUUUACUUCACAUGAUAUUUUCAUGAAACUCAUCCAGGAAAUAAUUAAAAUGUAUUAAAUAAGUCAUAAAUAAAUAAAUUUAUUAAAUAUUAUAUAACAUAUAACAAUAUAUGUUAUUAUUUGUACGUUUUUGUUUAAUAUAAGUACACCAAUACUAAGCUAUUAUUAUGUUGUUUAUUUUGCAGAUAAUCUUUCUUUAUUGUAGUAUAUAUGGUAUUUAUAUUAUAUAUGGUGCACAUGUAUCUCAUCAUGAAAGACAAAGCCUUUAUAAAAACAGAUUUAUUCACUUUUUUUAAAAUUGUGGCACCAUCAUCAAAAUUACUAUGAAGUUAGUUUUGUUCACCAUGCAGGUUUUAAUGUUCAAAGAGAGUAUGUCAUGAUUGUUUGGGUGUUCAACUGCUAGGCCUAUAAUGGUGUAUGCACCUACAAUUUAUUUAAAUAUGUACAUUUAGUUAGCUGGCUGUUAAAUUGUGCUAUGAAUGGUUUGUUAACCAAAGAGAUUUGGUAUUUUUGUUAAAUUAUUAUAGUUUUAAGGGCUUGAUAAGGAAUCACAACGGUGGUGUAAUUCUUUAUGUUGAAUGUCUGGCAUCGUCUUAAUGAAUACUUUUCACAUUUGUAUACGUACUUAAGUUGCUGAUUUUCUACCAUGCACUGUUGCAUAAUUUUUAUAGUAAAUACAUCUUUAAAACGAAUACAAUGUUUCAUGUUUUUUGGAACAUUUAUUGUAAACGAAUUUGUCAUUUGCAAAGCAUUUUGGAUAUACAUUAUUAAUGUAAUAUUCAAAACUAUGAGUCAUGAUCAGUGAAAACGGGUGCAGCAGCUAAAAAAGCUCAAAUGCAUCUAGUAUUUACCCUUUAGUGAGUGUAUUAAAUUAUUUUGCUUUUUAACCCUUUCCCACUCAGAAGCAAAGUGAAAAUGUGCAAACAGCAUAAAACAAAAAAAGCCUGGGAGUAACUCACAGUCUGUUUGGGUUUUAUGCCGUUUGAUGCUCAUCAAUAUCUAAGGGUUGGAAUUGAAGCCUUUAAAACUUUAAUAAAAUUUAACUUUCUAAGGGACUACAAAUGCGUAAAAAUAAGUAUCUAAGUGGUAAAAUGCUAACAGUUUUUGUACUUGACCAUUAAAUUCAAAUAUAUUUUCUUCUUUGCAAACACACCCAAAUCAUCUAGAAAUCAGUAAAAAAAAAUACUUUAGAAUUAACUGCAUGAAUAUUAAGCAAUAUAUUUUAAAUGAGACAAAGGCAACCAGUGCAAUUUCCAAAAGGUAAAAAUGAAAAGACAAUCAGUUAGUGUUCCAAAUAUAUAUCACCAGUAGGCAAAUGGGUGUUUGAUAUUUUGUGGGUGAAUCAGUAUUCAAAAGAUAUAUAUUUAUUUUUGCAGAUAGUUUUACGACUGAAACCAAACCUCUUGUGAACUUAAUUUAUUUCUAUAAACCAGGCAUAACGCUUAUUAUUUGUUAACAAGAACUACAUAUCAUUUUUAUCAACCAUAAUUAUUAUGUAGAAAAAAGUUGACAACAUUUAGUACAAGCUUUUAUCAUUUAGAAAAAAACUGUUUUGUCCCAGAUUUUAUAAAUUGUGUACAAAGGUGGGACAGAAUAUUUGCCUAUAACUUAUGAAUAAAUAUACUACAUGUAUAUGAAUACCCAUGGAAUGUACAUACAAGUUGAGGGAAAUGUUAGUGUAGUAGUUGCGGUUAAAAUGCCACAUAUGCAUGUAAUCAUAAAAUUGUAAAGAUGACAAGUGACUUGUGUCCAUUGAAAGCCAGAAGGUUCUUUUUCAGCAUUAGAGUCGUGUUCUGAGAAAACUGGGCUAAUGCAUGUGCCUAAAGUGUCGUCCCAGAUUAGCCUGUGCAGUCCAAACAGGCUAAUCAGGAACGACACUUUCCGCUUUUAUGACAUUUUUGGUUAAAAAAUGAAGUCUCUUCUUAGCAAAAAUCCAAUUUUGGUGGAAAGUGUCAUCCCUGAUUAGCCUGUGUGGACUGCCCAGGCUAAUCUGAGACGACACUUUACGCACAUGCAUUUUGCCCAGUUUUCCCAGAACACAACUCAUUAUAUCUCCAAAGAAAGCUGAUCAUCUUAAUCCUUUCCCACUCAGGAGUCAAUUGGAAAUGGUUUAUGCAACUAGCAUAACACGAGAACAGCCUGCGAGUAACUCUCAAUCUGUUCAGGUCUUAAGCUGUUUUCUGCUCAUCAGUACCUUAGGGUUGGAAAUGAAGCCUUUCAAACUUGGAUCUAGUAAGACAGGUAUAUAAUUAAAUUAGAUUUUCUAAGAGACUUCAAACAUGUAAAAGUGCUCUCUGAGUGCUAAAGGGUUAACUGGCUCUCAAGGAAAUAUUUAUUUUAACUCUUUCAGUGCUGGAACCGAAUUUUGAAGGCCUUUGCAAACAGUUUGGAUCCAGAUGAGACGCCACAGAACGUGGCGGCUCAUCAGGAUCCAAACUGUUUGCUAUUCUGAUAGUUUUCUUUGAAAAAAAAUCGAAGAAAAUGCUAAUUUUAAAAAUUCAGCAGACGACAUUUUAGCAGGUGACAAAUUUCCCAGCAUGCAAAGGGUUAAUUGUGAACUCCGUACUUAGGGAUGUAUCAGAACACUGUUGAUGAUUUACACUGCAAAGUUCUUAUAACUUACCUAAGUGUUUUAUGCCCAAAAAUACGUAACUUACUUGAAAGUCUCAGCAGAAAUCUUGACUGCACUGGGUUGCUUAGUUGGUAGAGUGCUGUGAUAUGACAUAAAUACGUUUUGAAAACAUCAAAAGAUCCAACUUAACAAACAAACAAACACACUCUGUAGAAAUCCAGAUUCCAAAAUGUGCUAGGACACUUGUUCUACUGUAUUGUGAUAUUGUAUAAUAAUUUAACAAUACAUUCAAUCAAGUCUGUAUUUGAAACAUGGUGUUGAUGAUGUGAUAUUGCUUACUUUUGCACGUGUUUAGUUCAUGUUUCCUUAUAAAUAAAAAACCUGACUUUAAAAUGAAAGAACUGGUAUUUUAAAUGUUUUUUGUGUGUGUUUAUUCUUUGUGCAAACCUUGUCUUUUUUUAUUGAAAACACAUAUUUAAAGUCAAUCAUAGAAUUUUGACAAAUUGAAAUGUAUUGAUAUAAAAAUCGUAAAAUUAAAUAUUAAAAUAAAUAGGAAAUAAAUAUACAUAACAGGGUAUGUAUAAUUAUAGUUUAAAGGCAACAAAUAAAGUAGGAAUAUUUUGAUUAACAAAUUGUAAAGCAAGUAUUAAAUAAAGCAAUAUUUGUCACGCUGCAUAUUUGAAGAUUUCAUUUUUGAAGACUUCAUUUUUCAAGGUUAACUGGGCAAUAGUUGCUGUAUGAUUGUGUCUAAAACUUUCUAGUAGUGUUGUUAUUAUGUAAACUGUGGAGAUUGUAAGCUGUUGUAUGACCAUCUCGUUGUCUGCUUUGGUCAAUAUGCUAAUUAUAAUAAAAACAGGAAUAUAAAAAAAAAAUUAUG